CGAGGUCAGGGAACCACAUCUGAUGCCUCGCUUUCUGUACAACCUUGCGGGUGCUCUGAGACAAGCGGACUCUGUGGAUGCGGUCAAUUACAUGUCAUUCAGUGAAAUCGAUGGCACGGCCUAUCUUCUAGUUGUUUACAGGAGCAAUGAGCUGCGACUCUGGUCAGUGGAUACUAUGCAGGCAGUAUCCACCAUUAACUGCUCUGAUGGAGGUCAAGGAGCACCAACAGCACAAGGACCACAAACAACUCUCACACAACGAUGGGGCUGAGUUUUUUGCGUGCAACUCGACAAGAAUAUGACAGAUGUGGGUUCCAGAGACAUAGAAUUGAUUAUGAAGCACACAGUGGUGAAGCCAGACAUGGAUCUGAUCAACUUUAAUGUCACCCUCUUACACAUCUGGGCGCUCUGGAGCAAUGUUGAAGUGGAUUUUAAUGUCUCCACGAUCUAUUAUGGCUCUAAUCAGCCCAUUCAAUGGGUUUCUUCUGUCCUAGAACCGCCACCAGAGGGUUAUUGUCUCACCAUGCAGCAUGGCAUCGAUCCACGCGAGGCCUACUGCUCGUACAUUUUCCAUCCGGGUCGAUUCGAUCGGACUCUGAUUACCAAGGCCUUAUAUAUGUUCCGACGCGUCAACAUGCAGUUUGAUGUUAGGCAGCUGUCGAUGACAGUGCUCAAGGAGCGGGUGUGCCAGGCUGUCAAGGAUGAGAUCCAGAACGAGUUCAAAGAGUUUGUGGUCAGUGACGGAAAUCGCCACUAGGCUAUGGGAUCGUGUCUACUCCUGCUGCGAGCAAUACCACAUCAAGUACUCGGAGCCCAUUGGUUUGGUUUUUCCAUAUUGGGUGCCAUGGAUGCGGCAUGCCUCAUUAGGUGGCAAUCUUUUGCCCUGCCACGUCCAUGCGAACUGUGGCAGCAUAUUCUGUUCAUUGGGGAGCAAGCUACAAAUGUGACCUCGCUGAUGGCCCCAUUCUUUCCAGACAAUCUCACAAUGACGACGGAUGUCAAAGUGGAAACGGAUAAGAAACUGUAUCAGCGAGAAUCGACCAUCGAUCUGGCGGCCAAACUGGCUGCCAGAAGCAUAGAUGAUGACUACACUGGCGCCAUCCUUCCAAUGGACACCGAUCAGAAACCGAUCAGAGCAACCGCAAGGUUGCACAGAAAUCGAGGCAUCAGAUCCGGUUCCUGGACCUCGUUCGUCACAUUGAAGUC